AUGGGCGACGAGCAAUUGCUGCCUCUUCCAAAGAAAGCACAGGAGAUACUUGUGGCAGGAAGUCUUGCCAACAACAUUGGUUAUCAAGCUGGAGGGUGGACAAUAGAAUGGCCAGGGAGUAUUCUGAGCGGUGGAGGGAGUGCACCAGCUCCGAAGGCUUCUGCCGAGACUUGGAUCAAUAUGGUUAAUGGGUUUCAGAAGGGUGCUCUUUCUACCCGUCUUGGAAUUCCUAUGCUUUAUGGUAUUGACGCUGUUCAUGGCCAUAAUACUGUCUACAAUGCUACAAUUUUCCCUCACAAUAUUGGGCUCGGAGUUACCAGGGAUCCCGAACUUGUUAAAAAAAUAGGGGCUGCGACUGCUCUUGAAGUUAGGGCCACGGGCAUCCCGUACACUUUUGCUCCCUGUAUUGCGGUUUGCAGGGACCCAAGAUGGGGUCGCUGUUUUGAAAGCUAUAGUGAAGAUCAUAAAAUAGUUCAGGCAUUGACCGAGAUAAUUCCUGGUUUACAAGGAGAUUUACCGACCAAUUAUCCAAACAAUUUUCCAUUUAUAAGUGGGAGGACAAAAGUUGCAGCAUGCGCGAAGCACUUUGUAGCAGAUGGUGGCACAAUCAAUGGUAUCAAUGAGAAUAACACUGUCAUAGACUGGAACAACUUGCUUCGCAUCCAUAUGCCUGCAUAUCUUGAUUCCAUUAGAAAGGGUGUGGCAACAGUGAUGAUAUCUCUCUCGAGCUUGAAUGGGAAAAAGAUGCAUGCUAACUAUGAUCUUAUCACUGGAUACCUCAAGAAAAAGCUCAAAUUCAAAGGUUUUGUCAUAUCAGAUUCUGAGGGCAUUGAUAAGAUCACCUCCCCACCGGCUGCUAACUAUACUUAUUCGGUUCAAGCUAGUAUUCUUGCUGGAAUUGACAUGGUUCUACUUCCUGAGAAAUUCAUGGAGUUCAUUGAUGACCUGACUUUACUGGUGAAGAAAAAUGUUAUCCCUAUGAGCAGAAUUGAUGAUGCUGUCGAGAGGAUACUUAGGAUUAAAUUUAUUUUGGGUCUAUUUGAGAACCCAAUAGCUGAUCUCACCUUAGUAAAUCAACUCGGAAGUCAGGAACAUAGAGAGUUGGCCCGAGAAUCUGUGAGGAGAUCACUUGUCCUUCUGAAAAACGGGAAAAAUCAUGAUGAGCCGAUGCUUCCCCUUCCAAAGAAAGCACCGAAGAUACUUGUGGCCGGGAGCCAUGCUCACAAUAUUGGUAAUCAAUGUGGAGGAUGGACGAUAGAAUGGCAUGGUCUUCCCGGUGACAUUACAAUUGGUACCACAAUUUUAACUGCUGUGAGGAAUGCUGUUGAUCCCCUUACAGAAGUCGUCUACAGCGAAAAUCCCGAUAGUAAUUUCUUGAAGUCCAACAACUUCUCUUACAGCAUUGUUGUAGUUGGCGAACUACCUUAUUCAGAAAGUGUUGGCGAUACCACGAAUCUGACAAUAGCCAAGCCUGGUUAUGACACAAUCACAAAUGUAUGUGAAUAUGUGAAAUGUGUCGUGAUUAUCAUUUCUGGUCGUCCAGUGGUAAUAGAACCUUAUCUUCCGAAAAUGGCUGCACUUGUGGCUGCUUGGCUUCCAGGAACCGAAGGGCAAGGUGUUUCCGAUGUUCUGUUUGGUGAUUACGGUUUUACUGGCAAACUGGCACGCACUUGGUUUAGGACAGUCGACCAGCUUCCAAUGAAUGUUGGUGAUCCACAUUAUGAUCCUCUCUUUCCGUUCGGCUAUGGUCUUACGACCAUUCCUAGAGAACGAAAAGCAACACAUUUCUCACCCAAAAGAACAGUCUUAUUUGAGAUGGAAGACGAAAAGGUACCUGAGAACCAUUUGUCGUCAGCUGCUGCUUUUGUCGAAGGUGGAAUUCAGGAGGCAUGUGACGAUGCUUGCAGCAUAUGCCUUGAAGACUUUUCUGAUAGUGAUCCUUCAACAGUGACUACUUGCAAGCACGAGUUUCAUCUUCAGUGCAUUCUUGAAUGGUGCCAGAGAAGCUCACAGUGCCCAAUGUGUUGGCAAACCAUCAGCCUGAAGGAUCCCAACUGCCAAGAAUUGCUUGAUGCUGUGGAACAUGAGAGGAAUCUGAGAAUGAAUCCACCUAGAAACACCACUAUAUUUCAUCAUCCAACCUUGGGAGACUUCGAAUUGCAGCAUUUACCAGUUAGUGCAAGUGAUUCUGAACUUGAAGAACGCAUUAUUCAACACUUAGCUGCUGCUGCUGCAAUGGGAAGGACUCGUCAGCUUGGUAGGAGGGAAGGUCAUAGGAGUAGGUCAUCUACUCAAGGCCGUCCCCAUUUUCUGGUGUUUUCAACUAAUCCAAAUUCUUCCUCUUCUUCUGCUGCUUCCCCUGCUCAUAGAGGUGGAGUAGGAACACCUCCUGCAGUCAUGAUAGCUAGCCCAAAUUCUCCAUUUAUAGAAGAAGAUUCUGCACAACUUACUACACAACAAUCUCCUGCUCAAGUUGAUCAGGUUACAGCCCCAAUGCCAGGAUCAAGCGCUGUUGGAUCAAGCGCUGUUGCAAAUCAACCUGGAACUUCCUCUAUCAAUCGGAGGUCUCCUUCUCAGACUUCCCCUAACAGUCAAGAUAGAGCUGGACCAUCUGAUUUGCAGUCAUUCUCAGAGUCUCUCAAAUCUCGACUAGGUGCAUUGUCAACAAGAUACAGAGAUUCGAUAACCAAGAGCACAAGAGGCUGGAAGGAGAGACUGUUUGCUCGCAAUAGUUCGACACCCGACCCUUCCACUGUGGUUCGUAGAGAUGUUGAUCCAGAUAUUGCACCUGUAUCCCGAAUGAUGGAUCAUCUUGAAAUAGCGGAAGAUAGUAGAACCAACGUAGCUUCUAUGUCAAAUAAUACAGAGGAUAGCUCAGCUCCAGUUCCAGCUGAACAGCACACCUUAGAGAUGGCAGUUGCAUCAACUCAUGGAUUUCCUUUUCACGGUGAACUCCUUUAUUCGUAG